AUGGCAUCCUUCCACCGGCCCCUCUCCGCCAUGGCGGUGGCCGCCUUCGCCGCCGUCUCCUCCAUCGAGCUGCCCGACAAAUUCUCCCACCACCACAGGCUCCCCGACGACGUCGUCUCGCUCCCUGCCAACAAAACAGAGGCCACCACAGCUCCUUCAGCCCCGCCGCUGUCCGGUCUGCAGUUCUUCCCACGGAACCUCCAGGCCUUCUACCCGGCUAAGGCGCCCGUCGCGUCCCUGCCGGUCAUCCAGACCGUCUACCAGUACGCCAAGUUCGCCAAGACCUCACCGGAACAAGAGGCGGCGUUACCGGCCAUCCCUUCCUCCUCCUCGGAUGUUCUGUACCGCUGGCACCUGCCGGACCCGAGGGCGUGCGGCGGCUCGCCUGACAGGUCCCAGACGGUGGUGGUUUUGCUCGGCUGGCUGGGCUCGAAGCAGAAGCAUCUGAAGAGAUAUGCCGAUUGGUACACCUCCAGGGGGUUCCACGCCGUCACCUUCACCCUCCCCAUGUCCGACAUUGUCAGCUACAAUGUCGGAGGGAAGGCUGAGAAGAAUGUGGAGAUGCUCUCGGAACAUCUUGGUGAUUGGGUCAGGGAGGAGGAUGGGAAGAAGAUUGUUUUCCACACUUUCAGUAACACUGGCUGGCUUUGCUAUGGUGUGAUACUGGAGAACCUGCAGCGGCAGGAUCCUUCAGCAGUGGAGAAAAUCAAGGGUUCCAUAAUCGAUUCAGCGCCUGUUGCUGUCCCGGACUCUCAGGUGUGGGCUCUAGGUUUCUCAGCUGCUAUCAUGAAGAAACACAGUGUGGCGACGAAAGGAGCUGCACCAAAUACAAGGUCUGACGUCGUAGUUGUGGAGUCUCAGAAAGAUAUCAGACCAGCAGCUACCGAGGCGGUUCUACUAUCUGCAUUGGAGAAGUUUUUUGAUCUUGUUCUGAACUAUCCGGCCGUAAAUAGGAGGCUGUCUGGUGUUAUGGAGCUUCUGUCCUCAAACCAACCAAACUGCCCUCAGCUGUACAUAUACAGCUCUGCCGACCGGGUCAUCCCGGCAAAGUCAGUGGAGUCAUUUGUGGAGAGGCAACGAAAAGCAGGGUGUGAGGUGAGGUCGUGUGACUUUGUGUCGUCCCCUCACGUUGACCAUUACCGCAGCAAUCCGGGGCUCUACACCUCUCAGCUGACCAACUUCUUGGAGGACUGUGUGCUGGCCCGCCGUGAUGAUUUGUCGUCACCGUCACCGUCUGCAUAG